GCCCGUCGCUGUCGCCGCCGCCGCUUCAAAUUUCGCCCGCGCGCUCCCAUUGGCCGCCGCCCGCGCGCGCCGCGCUCCCAUUGGUCGGCGCCUCCGGAAUCCACGCCCCCCGCCGCGACGCGCGCCGCGCUCCCAUUGGCGGCCGCCUCACGAAUCCCCGCCUCCCCAGCGCGCGCUGCGCGUCCAUUGGCCGCUGCCUCACGAAGCCCCGCCCCGCUUGCACGCGCCCUCACCCACCCCCCCGGCCGUUCCGCCCACCCCGCUGCUGAUUGGUCGCUGCGGGAGAUUGGGAAAGGGGGGGGAAAGCGGAGAACGGCCAAUCAGCGCGUGGAACGCGCGGUCACGUGCGGGGGGGCGGGCGGCGGCCAUGUUGCGCGCGGCCGUUCUGCCCGGCAACAGGGGCGGGGCCGUGAGGGCCGGCGGCCAAUCAGAGACCGGGGCGGGGGACGCUGGGGACCAGUAUGGACCAGUACAAACCAGUACGGACCAGUACGGACCAGCACAAACCAGUGCGGGGCGCUGUAGUUCAGCACAGACCAGUACAAACCAGUACAAACCAGUACAAACCAGUACAGGCCUCUAUGGCCCGGCCCAACCCAGGCUCCGGGAGGGGGCGUGGCCAUUUUCCCCCCGGGGGGCGUGGCCUGCGCGAAGGGCGCGGUCGGCGCGUGGCGGUGGGCGUGGCCUCGGCUCCCCCCCCCCGCGGUGGGCGUGGCCUCGGCCGUUGCCGCGAUGACGUCGCGGCCGCUGCUGCCCGGGCGGUUCCUGGCGAUGGCGGCGCACCUGGGAAUGCUAAUGAGGAUGGGCGGGGACCCCCCCAAGCUGCCCUCGGGGGAUCCGGAGCCCGGGUGAGUGAAACCAGUACAAACCAGUAUAAACCAGUAUAAACCAGUACAGAACCAGUACAGACCAGUACAGACCAGUACAGACCAGUACAGACCAGUACAGACCAGUACAGACCAGUACAAACCAAACCAGUACAGACCAGUACAGACCAGUACAGACCAGUACAGACCAGUACGGACCAGUACAGACCAGUACAAACCAGUACAGACCAGUACAGCCCAGUGCUCCCAGUUUGACCCCAGUGCUCCCAGUAUGGCACCAGUAUGGCACCAGUACAGCCCAGUGCCCUCCCCAGUGCUCCCAGUUUGGCACCAGUACAGAACCAGUACAGCCCAGUGCUCCCAGUAUGGCACCAGUACAGCCCAGUUUGGCCCCAGUUUGGCCCCAGUACAGCCCAGUGCCCUCCCAGUGCUCCCAGUUUGGCACCAGUACAGCCCAGUGCUCCCAGUUUGACCCCAGUGCUCCCAGUUUGGCACCAGUACAGCCCAGUGCUCCCAGUUUGACCCCAGUGCUCCCAGUUUGGCCCCAGUACAGCCCAGGGUCCCACCAGUACAGAACCAGUGCUCCCAGUUUGGCCCCAGUUUGGCCCCAGUACAGCCCAGUGCCCUCCCAGUGCUCCCAGUUUGGCACCAGUAUGGCCCCAGUAUAGGACCAGUACAGCCCAGUGCCCUCCCAGUGCUCCCAGUAUGGCCCCAGUGCUCCCAGUAUGGCACCAGUACAGAACCAGUGCCCUCCCAGUGCUCCCAGUUUGGCCCCAGUUUGGCCCCAGUACAGCCCAGUGCCCUCCCAGUGCUCCCAGUUUGGCCCCAGUACCCUCCCAGUAUCCCCCAGUACCUUCCCAGUGCUCCCACCAGGGGCCCUGGGGGGAUUUUGGGGUUUUUUGGGGGGGAUUUUGGGUGGGAUUUGGGUUUUUUUGGGGGGGAUUUUGGGGGGAUUUAGAGUUUUUUGGGGGGAUUUUUGGAUUUUUUGGAUUUUUUUGGGUUUUCCUGACCCCCCC